GAAAGCACGAAAUCUUCAAUCGUACCUCGGAAAAACUGCAGGGAAAGCGGCGGAUGUUGAUCCUAAAGCAUGUCGAUUUUGGGACCGGAGCGAGAUAGCUAAUGGAGACGCAGGUGAGCGCGAGACCGUGUACGGAAGUCCUGCCGUUCUGCGCAGGGCAUUUUGAGGCAGCGAAAUUGACAGAUCAGAUGUCUUGCCUCUGUGCAGUUCAAUGCCCACUAACCAGCCCGCCUCCAUUGCUCUCCAGUACUUGCCCAGCGACCUUGCAAGCAUGAUCGUCGGGCCCUAUUCGCGGAAGGAUCAGGGAAGGGCAACACAAUCCGCAAUAUGCCAUGUCUGCUCAUUUGGGCCUUCCUACCACGCGGCACAAACGUCCAUCGCUUUUCUCUACCUGCGUCACUGUCUCCCACACUCAAGUUGACCCGCC